ACAAAGAGUGCCUUCCAGAUAGUGUUUGAAGGAAUUGUAGGAAGUAGUGAUAAAGGUGAUAUUGCUUUAGAUGACGUCAGUAUCAUCGAUGGGGCAUGUUUGAUAAACGAAACUUGCGAUAUUGACUGCUUGAACGGCGGAGUCUGUGUCUUGGAUUACGGAAUCGAGAACUGUCAGUGUAUGUCUGGUUUUGUUGGACCAACUUGCAAUAUGUUACAAAACCAAUGCGAUUUCGAAGAUCCCUACAUUUGUUACUUUGUACAAGAUAAAUAUGAUGAUUUUGAUUGGAUAAGAAGAUCUGGAUCAACACCCUCAUUUCGUACUGGUCCUGAGUAUGACCACACAUACGGAACAUCACAAGGUUUCUAUAUGUACAUCGAAACGUCACCUCAAAAUCUCAACGACACCGCUCGCCUUUGGACGACGUCAUAUCCUGCAACGAACGGCACAUGCGUUGAGUGGUUCUACCACAUGUACGGGGCCACAGUGAACAUAUUGAGUGUAUACAUAGUAAAUACAGCAGGUACUUUUGGAAAGCCUGUGUGGACAAUAAGAAAUGACCAAGGAAAUGUUUGGCGUCUUGGAAAAAUCUUUGUUGAAACAAAAAGUGCCUACCAGAUAGUGUUUGAAGGAAUUGUAGGAAGUAGUUAUACAAGUGACAUUGCUUUAGAUGACGUCAAGAUCACCGAUGGAAUAUGUUUGAGAAACGAAACUUGCGAUAUCGACUGUUUGAAUGGCGGAGUCUGUGUCAUCUCGGAAUAUUACGGUAUCGAAAACUGUCAGUGUAUGUCUGGUUUUUUUGGACCAACAUGCAAUAUAACGCAAACCAAAUGUGAUUUCGAGGAUCCAUACAUUUGUUACUUUGAUCAAGAUAAACUAGACGAUUUUGAUUGGAUAAGAACAUCUGGAUCAACACCCACAUCUGGUACUGGCCCUUCAUAUGACCACACCUAUGGAACAUUAGAAGGUUCCUACAUGUACAUCGAAACUUCAUAUCCGCGAUACAACAACGAAACCGCUCGUCUUUGGACACCGUCAUAUCCUGCAACAAACGGCACAUGCGUCAAAUGGUUCUACCACAUGUACGGUGACACAGUGAACACAUUGAAUGUGUAUAUAGUCAAUACAGAAGGUAACGUUGGUGCUCCUGCGUGGGGAAAUAGUAACGAUCAAGGAAACAUUUGGCGACUUGGAAAACUGUCAGUUGAAACAAAGAGUGCAUUCCAGAUAGUAUUUGAAGGAAUUGUAGGAAGUAGUGAUAAAGGUGAUAUUGCUUUAGAUGACGUCAGGAUUAUCGAUGGGGCAUGUUUGAGAAACGAAACUUGCGAUAUUGACUGCUUGAAUGGCGGAGUUUGUGUAUCGGCUUACGGAAUCGAGAACUGUCAGUGUAUGUCUGGUUUUGUUGGACCAACUUGCAAUAUGUCACAAAACCAAUGUGAUUUCGAAGAUCCAUACAUCUGUUACUUUGUACAAGAUGAAUUGGAUGACUUUGAUUGGAUAAGGACAUCUGGAUCAACACCCUCACAUGGUACUGGCCCUGAGUAUGACCACACAUACGGAACAUUACAAGGUUUUUACAUAUACAUAGAAACUUCAGUUCAAAACCUCAAUGACAUUGCUCGCAUUUGGACAACUUCAUAUCCUGCAACGGACGGCACAUGCGUCCAGUGGUACUACCACAUGUACGGAGCCACAGUGAAUACACUGAAUGUGUACAUAGUCAAUACAACAAGUACUGUUGGUACAAUUGCGUGGACAAAUAAAAACGACCAAGGGAACUUUUGGCGACUUGGACAAAUCUCAAUUGAAUUAAACAAUGCCUUCCAGAUAAUGUUUGAAGGAAUUGUAGGAAGUAGUUCUACAGGUGAUAUUGCUUUAGAUGACGUCACGAUCACUGAUGGAAUAUGUUCCCGAAACGAAACUUGUGAUAUUGAUUGCUUGAACGGUGGAGUGUGUGUCAUCUCAGAUUAUGGUAUCAAGAAAUGUCAGUGUUUGUCUAAUUUUGUUGGACCAACAUGCAAUAUCAUACAAAACCAAUGUAAUUUCGAAGAUCCCUACAUUUGUUACUUUGUACAAGAUGAAUAUGAUGAUUUUGAUUGGAUAAGAAGAGCUGGAUCAACACCCUCAUUUCGUACGGGUCCUGAGUAUGACCACACAUACGGAACAUCACAAGGUUUCUAUAUGUACAUCGAAACGUCACCUCAAAAUCUCAACGACAUCGCUCGCCUUUGGACAACGUCAUAUCCUGCAACGAACGGCACAUGCGUCGAGUGGUUCUAUCACAUGUACGGGGCCACAGUUAACACAUUAAGUGUGUACAUAGUAAAUACAGCAGGUACUGUUGGAAAGCCUGUGUGGACAAUAAGAAACGACCAAGGAAAUGUUUGGCGUCUUGGAAAAAUCUUUGUUGAAACAAACAGUGCCUAUCAGAUAGUGUUUGAAGGAAUUGUAGGAAGUAGUUACACAAGUGACAUUGCUUUAGAUGAUGUCAAGAUCACCGAUGGAAUAUGUUUGAGAAACGAAACGUGCAAUAUCGAAUGCUUCAACGGCGGAGUCUGUGUCAUCUCGGAUUACGGUAUCGAGAACUGUCAGUGUUUGUCUGGUUUUUUUGGACCAACAUGCAAUAUAACGCAAACACAAUGUGAUUUUGAAGAUCAAUACAUCUGUUACUUCGUACAAGAUAAAACCGAUGAUUUUGAUUGGAUAAGAACAUCUGGAUCAACACCUUCAUCUCGUACUGGCCCUAAGUAUGACCACACAUACGGAACAUCACAAGGUUUCUAUAUGUACAUCGAAACUUCAAAUCCGAGAAACUAUAAUGAAACUGCACGAAUUUGGACACCGUCAUAUCCUGCAACGAACGGCACAUGCGUCGAGUGGUUCUACCACAUGUACGGGACCACAGUGAACAUAUUGAAUGUGUAUAUAGUCAAUACAGCAGGUACUGUUGGUAUACCUGCGUGGACAGAAAGUAACGACCAGGGCAACAUCUGGCGACUUGGACAAAUCCCAGUUGAAACAAACAGUACCUACAAGAUUGUGUUUGAAGGAAUUGUAGGAAGUAGUCAUACAGGUGAUAUUGCUUUAGAUGACGUCAGGUUCACCGAUGGAGCAUGUUUGAGAGACGCGCAAACCAAAUGUGAUUUCGAGGAUCCAUACAUUUGUUACUUUAAUCAAGAUGAACUAGAUGAUUUUGAUUGGAUAAGAACAUCUGGACCAACACCGACAUCUGGUACUGGCCCUUCAUAUGACCACACCUAUGGAACAUUACAAGGUUCCUACAUGUACAUCGAAACUUCAUAUCCGCAAUACAACAACGAAACCGCUCGUCUUUGGACACCAUCAUAUCCUGCAACAAACGGCACAUGCGUCAAAUGGUUUUACCACAUGUACGGGGCUACAGUGAACACAUUGAAUGUGUAUAUAGUCAAUACAGACGGUACUAUUGGUGCACCUUCGUGGGGAAAUAGAAACGAUCAAGGAAACAUUUGGCGACUUGGAAAAAUUUCUGUUGAAACAAAGAGUGCCUUCCAGAUAGUGUUUGAAGGAAUUGUAGGAGGUAGUGAUAAAGGUGAUAUUGCUUUAGAUGACGUCAGGAUCAUCGAUGGAGCAUGUUCGAGAAACGAAAUUUGCGAUAUUUACUGCUUGAACGGCGGAGUCUGUGUCUCGAAUUACGGAAUCGAGAACUGCCAGUGUAUGUCUGGUUUUUUUGGACCAACAUGCAAUAUAUCACAAACUCAAUGUGGUUUUGAAGAUCCACACAUUUGUUACUUCGUACAAGAUAAAUCCGAUGAUUUUGAUUGGAUAAGAACUUCUGGAUCAACACCCUCAUCUCGUACUGGCCCUGACUAUGACCACACAUACGGAACAUUACAAGGUUUCUAUAUGUACAUCGAAACUUCAAAUCCAAGAAACUAUAACCAAACAGCACGCAUUUGGACACCAUCAUAUCCUGCAACGAACGGCACAUGCGUGGAGUGGUUCUACCACAUGUACGGUGCUACAGUGAACACAUUGAAUGUGUAUAUAAUCAAUACAGGUGGUACUGUUGGUACACCUGUGUGGACAAAAAGAGACGACCAAGGAAACUUAUGGCGACUUGGACAAAUCUCUGUUAAAACAACCAGUGCCUACGAGAUAGUGUUUGAAGGAAUUGUAGGAAGUAGUUACUCAGGUGAUAUUGCUUUAGAUGACUUCAAGAUCACCGAUGGAGCAUGUUUGAUAAACGAAACAUCAACCACAUAUGUUCAUUUAACAGAUUCUACUGUUAACCCUGUUACUGUUCCACAAACAAUGUCAUUUCCUCAAGAUCUAGAUGAUUCUACAACUGAUAUAUUUGAUGUUACUAAUACGUCUCCAUCUAGAUCCACAUCGGCAAACUAUGGAAACUCAAACGUAUUUAACAUAUCUCCGACGCCAUCAACAUCAAAUACUGGUACAGAUAAUUUUAAAACAUCGCCUCUUAAAUCAUCGAGUAGUGCCACAGAUUAUGCUGAUUCAACAAAUCAAACUUCAAUCGUUAAUGCAAAACCAACAGUUGAAAUUGAAACUUCAACUAAACAUCAAAAAGAAACUAGUUAUUCGUAUACUGAAGUUAUGUUAACUAAAACAGAUGGAGAGGUAACUACAGGUAUGUCAUAUAGGCCUAGUCAAAUUGCUACUUCUAGUUUUGAUAAAGCUCCGUCUAGUCCCGACAAUGGUCAAACAAAUUUGUUUUAUGACGUUAGUGCUACUUAUCAAUCAACAGUCAUAACCGGCAAGACAUUUACCGAAUUACGAGUCCAACCUUCAGUGACUCCAAUGAAAACGACAAUACCUGAUGAUCGCGAGACUACAGCUAUCAGACAUCAUAAAACUAGCGGCAUAUCUUCAGCACAGGUCAACUCUAGUCCUACACAAUAUAAAGAAGGUUCCAACAGAAGCAAGGAAUAUACGUCUCAAACGGCACCGCAAUCAAACACCGGUUUAGAGCAUCUAAGUAAUGCGACUGAGCCAGUUAGUGUGACGAAGACAGAGGCUGGUUCCACCAUUUCAAAUACACAAGCUGUGAAUUACCAAGAGGCUAUAUCAUUGACACUGCAAGGUCAAGAAGAACAGUGGAUUAGCGCAAAACAAACAUUUCGUGCAAGUAUUUCUAAGGCAGUGAACUCAUUUUGUCACUCGAAUGCUCGCAAGUGUUGUUCUUUGACAGAUUUCAAUGAACAAGAUACUUUAGAUGGAGAUGUUACAACUACUGAAAACGUCAACCUGAAUGAGAGAAUAUCUGAGAAUCAGAUUGUUAUAAUACUUUCAAUUAAAUACAACAAUUAUAUUGAGACAUGCUCCCAGAAUGAUGAAGACAGGGCCAGGAGAGAUGCAAUUAACCAAUAUAACAAUUUAUUUAGACAAAUUGUUCGACGAAAUACAAAUGAAUAUAUUUCUGCUGAUGUUGUGAAAUCUUCGAUUGAAGAAGGGAAAGAAAAUAUUGAAGCUGAAAUCCGGAUGGACAUCGUGGACGUCUCUGUUUACAACACAGAUGACAAAAAUGAGGACGAUGGCUAUAAUUCGAAGUCAUACACCGUCUUUAUUGUGGUUGGAGCGUGUUUGGCAGGAAUGGGAAUGUUAGUCUUUGGAGUUUUCAUUUACAAAAUGAAUAAGAAAAAAAUAAAGAGAACCAUGAUUGAGGUCAUACCCCUAAAGACGAAUUCACUCGAUACGGAACAGUUGAUAAAUUGUUGACUGCAUCGAGCUUAACAGGAAAUCUAGCAGGAUCGCCGAAACCAGUGAAUGUGUGGGGCAAUAAUAACUAGUUCAAAAGUUAUAAACUAACCCCUCGUUGAAAUUAUUUCUUCAUUAUAUUAUUAAAGAAUUGUCGUUUAAAUUUACAACUGUAUAUGCAUAUGUAAAAAAAAAAACUAUUUUCCUGUUAUUAUCAAACAGUAUAUACAUAAUAAUAUAUUGUUUUUCAAUGCCAUUUUGUUUUCCUUUGUAUAAAUGUAGUACAGUACCAUAUUCUGCGGUGUUUUUGUUUUACUAUUGUAAUGUAGAACAACAGAGUUAAUUAGUACACAGAAACACAAAUAAAUUACGAGAUAGACAUGACCAACUUCAUCAUAUCAUCAUAAUUAAAAAUCAUAAUACCAAAACAUUCAUUAAAAUCUGUUUAAAUCUAUAGGUGAAAGAAAUUAGCAAGGUGGUCGUAAGUGAGGUUAAUAACAAGUAUACAUACGUUUCCCAUUCUUUUAUAUAUAAAGUUUUUAAAGAAUUUAAAUUUGGUCCAUCGAUUAUAAACUGGAUAAUGGUCUUAUAUAACGAUGCAAUAUCUUCAGUCUUGGUGAACGGGUUUAUAUCUGAAUCUUUCCACGUUACUCGGGGAUGCAGGCAGGGGGACGGGCUGAGCCUUUAUAUUUUCCUUUUGUGUGUUAAAGUAAUGGGAAUGAUGGUAAGGCAAAAUAAACGAAUAAAAGGGAUUAACAAUGAAAAUCAUCAGUUUAAAUUAUCUCUGUAUGCAGAUGAUACCGUGAUUUUCACCAACGGAUCAGAACAAUCUAUGUAUGAAACUUUUUACGAAUUAGAUAAAUUCGUCUCGAUAUCUGGGUUAAAAGUGAACAUCAACAAAAAAACGUUAUGUGGAUAGAAGUACUAUUUGUGGCAAUAUCAAAGUUCAUUGGGUUAAACCUUUUGAAGCGGUUAAUAUCCUUGGGGUUGAAUUCACCCAGCCGCUAGAACUCAUGAUUGAUCUUAACUACAACAUUUUAGACAAUUAAAAAUCUUUUCAAUAUUUGGUCCCGAAGAAAUCUAUCAGUCUUAGGUAGAAUAACUGUAGUCAAAUCUCUCUUGAUCUCAAAGUUGACAUACCUUAUUCUUACAUUGCCUAAUCCUUAUGAAACAUUCGUAAAAGAAAUCAACGGAGUGAUCUUCAAUUUCAUAUGGUAUGGUAUUGUUAUAGUUCAAGACUAUUCAAAUGGAGGGCUUCGUAUGAUUGAUAUAAGGAGUCAGGUAGAAGCCCUACAAAUAACAUGGAUUAGAAGAUUUGCAUUGACGACUAACGCUAAAUGGUGCAAUAUCUUUAGAAAUCUAGUUUGCAUUAAUGAUUCCAAUGACAUUGAUGGUGGCUCCGCUAUAUUGCUUGGAACGCAUUAAUAGCCGGUUCUGGUAUGAUGUAGUACUAGCAUGAUCAAAUUUUGUUCAUUUAAACUCGCUAUUGGACGAUAGUGAUAUGCUUAAACAAACAAUAUGGCGUAAUGGUCGUUUUUGUGUUGCUGAUCGCCCCGUUUGUAACAAGAAAUGGGCCAGAAAAGGUAUCCAUACGGUCAAUGAUAUUAUUAAUGAUUAUGGAGCAUUUUUGACCAUGCACGAAUGUGUUUGUAAAUUUAACAUCAAUACAAAUUUCAUUGAAUAUUACGGAUUGAUUCGCUCAAAAAAAAUCACUAAUUCAUACUAAGUUUGAAUGUCGAUUAGUACGAAUCACUUUUCCGUUUAAUAUUGAGGUGAUUUUAAAGGACCAUAAAGUGUCAAAAGAAUGUAUUAAGGUAUUUUGUUCUAAUUUGGUUUAUAAGGAAAUAUAUAAAGAAAAAUGGCAGAGGGAUAUAGGAAUUUCAAAUAACAAAUAUAAUAAUAUUUGGGAAACUGUGUCAAAUGUCACUUUCAGUUGUACUAAUGUUAAAUUAAGAUGGUUUCAAUACAGAAUCAUUCACAGGAUUCUAGGUGUUAAUCAUUUUUAUUUAAAAUCGGUAUAUCCAAAAACAAUACAUGUACUUUUGCAAAGAAAGUGAAGAAACACUCGAACACAUUUUUUCUUUUGCCAUGUUAGUUUUUACUUUUGGAAUAAAGUUUGUUUGGAAUUAGAAACAUUCAAAUGAAGGCAAUCAACACUGUCCUAACCCUCUGCCGUUUACACAUAUUAUACCGGAGCAAA